GCACAUCUGGCUGAACUGGGAGUCAGGUGGUUGACUUGUGCCUGGCUGCAGUAGCAGCGGCAUCUCCCUUGCACAGUUCUCCUCCUCGGCCCGCCCAAGAGUCCACCAGGCCAUGGACGCAGUGGCUGUGUAUCAUGGCAAAAUCAGCAGGGAAACCGGCGAGAAGCUCCUGCUUGCCACUGGACUGGAUGGCAGCUAUUUGCUGAGGGACAGCGAGAGCGUGCCAGGCGUGUACUGCCUAUGUGUGCUGUAUCACGGUUACAUUUAUACAUACCGAGUGUCCCAGACAGAAACAGGUUCUUGGAGUGCUGAGACAGCACCUGGGGUACAUAAAAGAUAUUUCCGGAAAAUAAAAAAUCUCAUUUCAGCAUUUCAGAAGCCAGAUCAAGGCAUUGUAAUACCUCUGCAGUAUCCAGUUGAGAAGAAGUCCUCAGCUAGAAGUACACAAGGUACUACAGGGAUAAGAGAAGAUCCUGAUGUCUGCCUGAAAGCCCCAUGAAGAAAAAUAAAACACCUUGUACUUUAUUUUCUAUAAUUUAAAUAUAUGCUAAGUCUUAUAUAUUGUAGAUAAUACAGUUCGGUGAGCUACAAAUGCAUUUCUAAAGCCAUUGUCGUCCUGUAAUGGAAGCAUCUAGCAUGAUGUCAAAGCUGAAAUGGACUUUUGUACAUAGUGAGGAGCUUUGAAAUGAGGAUUGGGAAAAAGUAAUUCCAUAGGUUAUUUUCAGUUAUUAUAUUUACAAAUGGGAAACAAUUUAAAGGAUAAUGAAUACUUUAUAAAGGAUUAAUGUCAAUUCUUGCCAAAUAUAAAUAAAAAUAAUCCUGUUUUUGUGAAAAGCUCCAUUUUUAGUGAAAUAUUAUUUUAUAGCUACUAAUUUUAAAAUGUCUUGCUUGAUUGUAUGGGGGGAAGUUGGCUGGUGUCCCUUGUCUUUGCCAAGUUCUCCACUAGCUAUGGUGUCAUAGGCUCUUUUGGGAUUUUUGAAGCUGUAUACUGUGUGCUAAAACAAGCACUAGACAAAGAGUGAAGGAUUUAUGUUUAAUUCUGAAAGCAUCCUUCUUGCCUAGUGUUCUGAUGUUGGACAGUAAAAUCCACAGACCAACCUGGAGUUGAAAAUCUUAUAAUUUAAAAUAUGCUGUAAACAUGUUUAUCGUAUUUGAUGCUACAGGAUUUGAAAUUGUAUUACAAAUCCAAUGAAAUGAGUUUUUCUUUUCAUUUACCUCUGCCCCAGUUGUUUCUACUACAUGGAAGACCUCAUUUUGAAGGGAAACUUCAGCAGCUGCAGCUCAUGAAUAACUGAUUUGUAACCAGCCUCCUUUUAAAGUAACCCUACAAAACCACUGGAAAGUUUAUGGUUAUAUUAUUUUUUAAAAAAAUUCCAAGUGAUUGAAACCUACAUGAGAGUCAGAAUUUUAUGCGGCAUUUUCUUCUCACAUUUAUAUUUUUGUGAUUUUUGUGAUUGAUUAUAUGUCACUUUGCUGCACGGCUCACAGAAUUCAUUCACUCAACAAACAUAAUAGGGCGCUGAGGGCAUAGCAGUAAAAACACCUGGUCCCUGCUCUCAGUUCACUGUCUUGUUGGACGAGAAAACAAUAACGAUAAAAGACAGUGAAAGAAAAUAACAAUAAAAGACAAGGAAAAAAUAAAAAUGAAAGUUGAUAAGUACAUGAUAAGCGAGGUUCCCCGUGUGUAGGUAGAUCUGGUCUUUAGAGGCAGAUAGAUCUGGUCUUUAGAGGCAGAACGAGUCAGUGCAAAUACUCUGGUUGGUCCAUGGGCCAUAUGAAAAGGCUAAGCUUCACUGUAAAAUAAUAACUUGGAAUUCUGGAUUGUGUAUGAGUGUUGGUGAACUUGGUUUUAACUGCUGAGAGACAGAGCUACUCUCCAUGUACUGGCAAGACCGGAUUUCUGAACAUUCAAUAUGGAUGCUGUGGGAGUACAAAAGUGGAGUGUGGCCUGAGUAAUGCAUUAUGGGUGGUUUACCAUUUCUUGAGGUAAAAGCAUCAAGUUAACUUGUAAAGGAAUUUAAAAAUCCUACUUACACAAUAACUUGCAUAGGUUUAAUAAUUUUUAAUUAUAUGGCUUGAGUUUAAAUUGUAAUAGGUGUAACUAAUUUUAACUCUAUAAUGUGUUCAUUCUGGAAUAAUCCUAAACAUAUGAAUUAUGUUUGCAUGUUCACUUCCAAGAGCCUUUUUUUGAAAAAAAGCUUUUUUUGAAUCAUCAAGUCUUUCACAUUUAAAUAAAGUGUUUGAAAGCUUUAUUUACCUAAUUUGUCUUGAAAUAUUCCUUAUAAUUCCUUAUAAAAAUAUUCAGAGACUGAUGCUAUUAAUAAACCAAAUAAAGGAUUGAUGAUUAUCUUAUCGGAGUGAUACCCUGGAAAAGGUAAGUGCUUUUCUGAUUUUGUUGCUGUCAAAGUUCCCUGUUGAUGAGCCUACUUCCCAUCUUCUUUGGCUGGCCUUUUAUUCAUCAAGUUUUUUGUUUUUUUUUUCACCUUUUCUUUCCCAACAUGAGCAUCCUUGCU